AUGUUUUUCAAACGCCCUCCCCGCCCUGAUCCGAAAAAUAUAUUUAAAUGCACCCAUCCUCCACCCUGUUCUCUCACAGAAACAAGAGGAAAAAAAACAACGAGCGACCUGCACACAGCGCGCGCAGCAGCAUCACCGAGCCCAUUUUUUCUCCCCUGUUAUGAAUUCCUCCCCCCACUACUAGUCACUAAAUCAAAAACAUACACAGACAUCAUGGCUACUACUGAAGUCCCUACCUUCAAAUUGGUCCUCGUCGGAGACGGUGGUACUGGUAAAACCACCUUCGUCAAGAGACAUUUGACUGGUGAGUUCGAAAAGAAGUACAUUGCUACCUUGGGUGUCGAGGUCCACCCAUUGGGCUUCCACACCAACUUCGGAGAGUUGAAGUUCGACGUCUGGGACACUGCCGGCCAGGAGAAGUUCGGAGGUUUGAGAGACGGUUACUACAUCAACGGUCAAUGUGGUAUCAUCAUGUUCGACGUUACCUCCAGAAUCACCUACAAGAACGUUCCUAACUGGCACCGUGACUUGGUCAGAGUUUGUGAGAACAUCCCAAUUGUGUUGUGUGGUAACAAGGUCGACGUCAAGGAGCGUAAGGUCAAGGCUAGAACCAUCACUUUCCACAGAAAGAAGAACUUGCAAUACUACGACAUUUCUGCCAAGUCCAACUACAACUUCGAGAAGCCAUUCCUUUGGUUGGCCCGUAAGUUGGUUGGUAACCCUCAAUUGGAGUUCGUUGCCUCCCCAGCUUUGGCUCCACCUGAGGUCCAAGUUGACCAAGACUUGUUGAAGCAAUACCAACAAGAGAUGGAGCAAGCCGCUCAAAUGCCUUUGCCUGAUGAGGACGAUGCUGACUUGUAA